CAAACCAAUCCAAACACAAGCGGUGUGCUGUUUUUGCCAUGUGGUCUGUGUGGCUUGUUUCUGUUGUGUACCCUUUCUUAUAAUGAGCUAAUAAUCUUGAGUAACAUGAGUAAGAAAAACAUAGAUGACGAGUUCAACGUUCCAAGAGGGCUACCAAAGUCUGGCCGACCGUGGAAGACGCCUAAAACACGGUUUUCUUCUAUGCAGAAGGUUAAACCGCUUAGAACAUCGUGGAAGGUUAAGAUGCAACAGCGGGCGGAGAGAAAAGCCCUACUAGAAUUUUCACACGAAGUUGAGGCGGCUAGAAAGAAAGAACUUGAAGAAAAAAGGAAGAAGUCUGAGGAGAAAAGGAGAAGACGAGAGGAAAACUCCAGAAAAGCAGAAAUAGUACAAGUUUUAAGGAACACAUCAAAAAUUAAGAAGUUGUCCAAAAAACAGCUGAGGAAUAUCAAGAAGGCCGACACUACUGUGGUCUCAAGAGGGAACAAGAAAAAAUGAGGUGAAGGACACACGUUGAUACUUGUAAUGUAUCCAUUCAGCUUGCUUGUCUAUUACAUCUUUUUCAUUCAACAUUGACCCCGUUAUCUGUUGACAUGAGAGGUACUGCUGCUGACAGCACCUAUCAGUGACAUUUGUUGCAUACGGUGUCAAAUAAUUGUAAUAAAAAAACUGCUCAACA